ACCAUUUUAUUCUAAUCUGUACUGAAGGUCUUAGCCACUGCAGUAAAGCAAGAAAAGGAAAUAAAAGGCACAUAUAUUAGAAAAGAAGACAUGGAACUGCCUUUAUUCACAGAUGAUAUAAUUACAUAUAUAAAAAAAAUCCCAAGGAAUCUACCAAAAGCUACAAGAAUUAAUAAUGAAGUCCUAGCAAAUUCACAAGAUAUAAGGCCAAUAUACAAAAAUAUAUUUUGGUAUACUGGCAAUGAAAAACUAGGGACUAAAAUAUUUAAAAAUUAAUAUUAUUUACAAUAGCAUAAAAACAUUAAAAACUUAUGGAUAAAUCUAACAAAUGUGUACAAGAUUUGUUCACUGAAAAAUAUAAAACAUUACUGAGAGAAAUUAAAGAUUUUAGUAGAGCAAUGAACUGUGUCCAUGGAUUAAAAGACUCAGUAUUGCUCCAAAGUUAAUUAUUGUCAAAUUGAUCUCUACCUACAAAGCAAUUCUAAUAAAACCCCAGCAGCCUUCAAAUUUUUUUGCAGAAGUUGACAAGUAUAUUCUAAAAUACAUAUAGAAAAUCAAAAACAAUUUUGAGGGAAAAGAACAAAGAGGAUUCAUAUUACUUAAUUUUAAAAUUGGCUUUUAAGCAGUUUAGAAAAUAAUCAAAACAAAGGGGUAUUGGCACAAAGACAGAUAUAUAGAUUGAUGGAACAGAAUAAAGGGUCAAAGAAUAAACUCACAUACAUAUGGUCAAUUAAUUUUUGGCAAAAGCACCAAGAUAACUUAACUGGAAAGUGUAGUCUUUGCAACAAAUGGCAGUAUAACAAUUGGAUAUCCAUAUAUAAAAAUAAAAUCCUCAACCCUUACCUCACUACAAAAAGUUAAUUUAAAAUGAAUCAUAGACCUACAUACAAGAGCCAAAAUUAUAAAACUUCUAAACAAAAACAUUGAAAGUUUGUUUUUGUGGGUUUUUGUUUUGUUUUUUUACCUUGGGUUAGUAAAAGAUUUAGUGGAACAAUAACAACAAAAUAAACUACCAUUUAGAAAAGAAAAAUAUGUGAAUAAUUUGAUUUCAUCAAAAUUACAAAUUUUCUUCAAAAGACACUUUUAAGGGAAUAAAACUGUAAACAUUUGUCAAAAUAUCAAACUACAAUAUGAAAGUGUGAGUUUUACUGUACAAAAAUUAUGCCUAAAUAGACCAAAUUUUUAAAAAACCUAAUUUAAGAUUUUUAAUCUUUAAGAAUCCUAGGAGAGAACAUAUUUUUUAAGUUUUAAUUUCAUUCAUAUCACUAAUAACUACAACUUAUUACAUGUUUCCUGUGGUGGGUCUUUUACCCAUAUUGGCUCAUUUCGUCUUCAUAUUUAAGUAUAGUUCCAUUUUUAUAGAUGAAGAGAACCUAACUCUGAAAAUUUUAUUAUCCAUGUCACCCUGAGAUGAUAAACAUGGACUUUCAAAAUCUAAAGCCCUUCCUUUCCCACUAUGUUUUGUUGCAUCUCAAGUAUUUAUUUAAUGCAAACAUGUUAACUGUAUUUACAUUAAUUCAUGCAGUCCUUGGAACCAAAGUGUAAGGUGUAUGCUGUUAUAUCCAUUUUCAGAUAUGGAAACAGAGGGUAAAUUAUUUGCCUGGGUCACAUGGCUCUUACAAAUGGAGGCCAAUCCUGCUAUAAUUCAAAAGACUAUGCUCUCUCUACUCUCAUUGCCCCCUAUAAUGAUCUGGUCUUGAAUUGUCUGUGUGUGUAUUCUAAUAAAACUGUAUUUUGUGACACUGAAAUCUUAAAUUUUUAAAAGCUUUUUAUUUUGAAAUAAUUUUAGAUUUCCAUAAAGUUUCCAAAAAAAAAAAACGUAUAGGGAUAUACCAUGACUGUUGUACACAAUCAAAACCAGGAGCAAAUUGACAUUGGUACAAUCCACAGAUUCCAAAGUCACUAAUUUAUAAGCACACAUUUGUAUUUGUGUGUGUGUGUGUGUGUGUGUGAUUCCAUGCAAUUUCAUCACCUUUGUGUAGCUUUGAUAACUAUCACUGCACACAAGAUACAGAACAGUUCAUCAGUCCAUGCCUGAUGCUAUCCCUUUAUAGGCAUUUUCAACCCUUUUCUUCCCCAUCCCUAACUCCUGGAAGCCACUAAUCUUUUCUCCAUCUCUAUAAUUUUGUUAAUCUAAGAAUAUUAUGUAAAUAGAAUGCAGUAUGUAACCUUUUACUAUUUUUUUUCACUCAGUAAAAUUCUACGGAGAACCUUCCUAAGUUGUUGCUCACAUCAAUAAUUCAUUUUCCUUGUUAUUGCUGUGUAGGACCCUUUGGUAUUGAUGUACCACAGUUUGUUUAACCAUUUACCCAUCGAAGGGCAUUUAGGUUGUUUCCAGUUUUGGGUUAUUAGGAAUAUAGUUGCUAUUAACAGUCAUGUACAGGUUUUUGCAUGAGCAUGUUUUCAUUUCUUUGGGAUAAAUGCCCAAAUGCAAUUUUUCAGUCAUAUGGCAAGUACAUAGUUUUUAAAAUGUGGCUGUACCAUUUUACAUUCUUACCAGCAACAUAAGUGAUGCAGUUUAUUCACAUUCUUGCCAGUACUGGUGUUAUCACGAUUUUUUAGCUUAGUCAUUACCAUGGCAUGUGGUGAUAUAACAUUGUGGGUUUUUUUUUUUUUUUUGUCUAAUAGCUAAUGAUGUUGAAAAUCUUUUCAUAUUCUUCUUUGUCAUCUGUACAUCCUCCUCCGUGAAAUGCCACUUCAUAUCUUUUGCCUAUUUUCAAAUUUAUUUUUUUUACUAUUGAGUUUCGAGAGUCGUUUAUCUAUUAUAGAUACAAGUCCUAUGUCAGACGUGUGGUUUGCAAAUAUUUUCUCCCUGUCUGUAGCUUGUCUUUUUCAUUCUCCUAACAGGGUAUUUCUUACUUGAACUGUUUUCUAAAAAUAUCCAGUAAAUGUUAAUUUUUCUAAGCAACUUUAAACAAAGUCAAUUAGUAGUAUAGAAACUAUAGACUGUAAAGUAUACUGCAUUUCUGCUUAGAGUUCUCUAUACACAGAGGCCUAAGAUAGCACAAAAUAAGUAUGAUUUAUUUAGCCCAAUUUUCCUGCAUCAUUUCCAUAAAAAAUAUUGAAGUGGCUCAUAAUAUUAGUAUUCAAACACCUGUCAUACACAUUCCAUCCCUGGCCUUAACCUUUCCCCCUUUAUCCCUUACGUAUUUGUAUUAGGAUAAGAAUAUCCUCUCUCCCAAACUUCACAUACCGGGGCCUGUCAAGGGGUGGAAGGAUAGGGGAGGGAUAGCAUUAGGAGAAAUACCUAAUGUAGAUGAUGGGUUGAUGGGUGCAGCAAACCACCAUGGCAUGUGUAUACCUAUGUAACAAAUCUGCACGUUCUGCACAUAUGUCCAAGAACUUAAAGUACAAUAAUAAAAAAAAAAAAAAUCCCCUCUCCCUUCUUUUCCGAAACCAAGGGCCUCUCAAGACUAAUGGGAGGAAAGUUUAUUUAUUAUAAAACUCAAGAUAUUUUGCUUAAUAUAGUAUGGGAGAUAUAUGAGGGGAGCUUAAUCUUAACAGUGCAAUGACCUGAUUUUUAAAAUUAACCCGAGUCCCUGUCCAACAGCAGAGCAUGACAGAACAAACUAAUGCUACCUGCUCCAGAUACAGAAAAGGUAGGACAUUGGAAAAUCUGGGUGGAUGGGGGUAAAGGAUUCGGAUCAGCCCAUAACGGCCACGUGAUAUACCCUGACGUCCUAGGAUUAAGGCCAUGAGCCAUGGAAGGAGGUUGGAGGACAAAUGAAAUACAAAAAGUCAUAAUAUCUACAACCCUGUGGUCUACAAAGGAGUUUGGUUAUACUACAUGAACCUGAAAUAGAUGAUGGAUUAAAGUCUCCAUUAUUCCAUGUAAUGAUAAAACAAUUUCAAGUGAUCAUAAGACCAUUUUAUAAUGAAUUCCUUCUUUCCACUGUAAAGGGCAUAGUGUUAGAUUGCUUACUCUUGUUAAGAUUUACUGGAUGCUAACAGUCCAGCACUGGCUAGGCAUCGAGAACAUAAAAAUAAAUGAGAAGUGUUCCUGCUUUUAAGAUGUUCCUACUGUGGCAGACAGAGAGCUACAAAAUAUAAUAAUAUAGAAGUAUGUAAAAAAAAAAAAAAGGAAUAACCAAUUCUGCCAGGGUGAAUAGUAGGGUCACGAGGAAACGAUGUUUGAGCUAGGUCUUGCUAGAUGUUUUUAAAUAAAAUGUUUUUCUUCCAUAAUGAAUACGAAACAAUUAGAAAAAAAAAUGGGAAAAUUGAGUUUUCAAGGAUGAGUUCUUCAGGAAAAGAAAAGCUUUGGCUUUUAGAGAAAUUGGAUUCAUCCAUUCAUUCAUUCAUAUUCAUUUAGCAAAUAUUCAUUGCCUUCACUCCAAGCUAGAUUCCGAGAAUCCAAAAAACGGUACUUGCCAAAGGGAACCUGUCGGCUGGCGGGAUGAUAGAGAUCAGACAGUUGCCACACAAUGUGAAAAGUGCCGUGAAAAAGUAAGCAUAGGGUGAUGUGGAAGCACAUGGUUGCCUCUAAUCUGGACAGACUGAAGACACUGAGAUUUACAGUUAGGCCAGGGUCAUUUGAAGCACUGCCUUAUUGUAUUUGUAUGUAAUGACAUUUCGAAACGUGGAAUGAAAGGAAAAGUACAGGCAGACUAUAAGAAGCUUCCACGGAUGUGUCUAACUUUGCAAAUGAACAAAAAUCUAAUGUAGACAUAUCCUGGAAACUUCUCCUAGUUUGCCUGCACUUUUCCAUUCCAAAUGGAGGUUUGGACAUUUAACAGAGGCCUCAAAGGGUUAUCCUGUUAAGAUUUUAGUAUAUACAGCAGGGGCUUGAAGGAAUGUUGAUUCCAUUCCUCUUGGCCUCCUUUUAUGAAUCCAGUUCUGUGCUAGCUCUGUGAGUAAAUGAAAAUGCCUUCAAAAUUGGGAUGCCAGAGUUAGACAGCAAAGCAGCAAAGGAACCCGUAUCAGCUAAGUGUGGGAAGGGAAAUAUGUACCAGUUGCUAUAUACUUUCACACGUUAUUUUAACCUCAUAACAACUCUUAUCAAUUCAGAUGAUGGAACAGGGUUAAAGAAUAGAGGCUGAGCACCUGGCUGUCCACGGACACACUGAGCCAGCAGGAGCACCCGUGCCCCGCAGCAGCACCCAGGGCCCUCCUAGAGUUCCGGCCUUAACGCCUAGGAACGUGCCAUUGGCUCCUGCGCUUCUCGUUCCCGUCGGGAACGCCACUGGCUAGUACCUUGCCUGGCCCCCCAGUGCUCAAUCCCUGGUAGUUGGGAGGACGAAAAGGAAAUCCCUCUCUGGUCGGUCCUCACCGCAGCCCUGUGUCAGGCCGUCACACGGCGGCCUCCAGAGUCGAAGGCGCUCUGAGGAGAUGCGGGUUGUGUCCAAAACCUCCCACCUCGGGGUCUCCUGAACGUCCCAACAAGCUCCUCGGGCCCUUAGGCGUUAGGCCAACCCCAGGCCUCGGCUGGCCCCGCCCACUCCCCGCGGCCGGAAGUGGCGGCGCCGAGUGAGGUAUAUGCGUGCCCGGAAGCGCGACCUCGGGCGGUUGGAGGGGCUACCGGGUCUUACCAGUCCGUGGCGGGAGUCCCGGAGGACCCUCGACGGGGUAGUUGCCGAGGAAACGCCUCGCUGGCAUUCUUCCCCUCCACUGGGUCCUUUGAACCUAGUUUGGCUGGGACUCGCCUUUCGGCGGCGCGGAGGAUUUCGAGGCCCUGAGGCGCGGCCCGGAAUUUCCGGAAGUGGGGGCCGCGCCGCGCCGUCAAGAUGUGCUCGACGCCCGGAAUGCCGGCGCCGGGAGCCUCGCUGGCCCUGCGGGUGUCCUUCGUGGACGUGCAUCCCGAUGUGAUCCCGGUGCAGCUGUGGGGGCUGGUGGGCGAGCGGCGGGGGGAGUACCUGCGGCUGAGCCGGGAAAUCCAGGAAGCGGCGGCCACGCGCGGCCAGUGGGCGCUGGGCAGCGCCUCGGCCUCGCCCGGCGAGCUGUGCCUGGUGCAGGUCGGGCUUUUGUGGCACCGCUGCCGCGUGGUCAGCCGGCAGGCACAGGAGAGCCGUGUCUUCCUGCUGGACGAGGGCCGCACCAUCACGGCCGGAGCAGGCUCGCUGGCGCCCGGGCGCAGAGAGUUCUUCAAUUUGCCCUCGGAAGUGCUGGGCUGCGUGCUGGCGGGCCUGGUGCCGGCAGGCUGCGGCGCGGGCGCAGGCGAGCUGCAGCACUGGCCCGCCGACGCCGUGGACUUCCUUAGCAACCUUCAGGGCAAGGAGGUGCACGGGUGCGUCCUGGACGUGCUGCUGCUCCAUCGCCUGGUCCUCCUGGAGGUGCCUGAUGUGUUCCAACAGAUGCAGGAGCUGGGCCUGGCUCGGCGGGUGCCCGACAGCCUCUUCCGUUCGCUGCUGGAGCGCUAUCUCACAGCGGCCACUGCUAGCGUGGGCUCCGGGGUCCCGGUUCUCUCGCGAGUCCCGCUCAAGCAAAAGCAGCCUGGUCUGGAUUACUUCUAUCCCCAGCUGCAGCUGGGCGUGACGGAGGCCGUGGUCAUAACCCAAGUGUGCCAUCCCCACCGCAUUCACUGCCAGCUCCGCAGCGUCUCGCAGGAGAUCCACCGCCUCUCUGAGAGCAUGGCCCAGGUAUACCGGGGUUCCACGGGGACAGGGGAUGAGAACUCUACCAGUGCCACCUGGGAGGAGAGGGAGGAGAGCCCAGAUAAGCCGGGCUCUCCGUGUGCAUCCUGUGGCCUGGAUGGACAUUGGUACAGAGCACUCUUGCUUGAGACUUUUCGGCCCCAGCGCUGUGCCCAGGUGCUUCAUGUGGACUAUGGAAGGAAGGAGUUAGUGAGUUGCAGCAGCCUUCGGUACUUGCUGCCUGAAUAUUUUCGAAUGCCGGUGGUGACCUACCCUUGUGCUUUGUAUGGACUCUGGGACGGUGGGAGAGGCUGGUCUCGGUCCCAGGUCGGUGACCUGAAGGCACUGAUACUAGGCAAGGCAGUGAAUGCAAAGAUUGAAUUUUAUUGCUCCUUUGAGCAUGUGUAUUAUGUCAGCCUGUAUGGAGAAGAUGGGAUUAAUCUGAACCGUGUGUUUGGAGUACAGUCGUGUUGCUUGGCUGACCGAGUCCUUCAGAGCCAGGCAACAGAGGAGGAGGAACCAGAAACAUCUCAGUCUCAGUCUCCUGCUGAAGAAGUAGAUGAAGAGAUUUCACUCCCAGCCUUAAGAUCUAUCAGGUUAAAGAUGAAUGCCUUCUACGAUGCGCAGGUAGAGUUUGUUAAAAAUCCUUCUGAGUUUUGGAUUAGGUUGAGGAAACACAAUGUCACCUUCAGUAAGCUGAUGAGGAGAAUGUGUGGUUUCUAUUCCUCUGCCAGUAAGCUGGAUGGUGUAGUUUUGAAACCUGAACCUGAUGACCUUUGCUGUGUCAAGUGGAAAGAAAAUGGUUAUUAUAGAGCCAUAGUCACCAAAUUGGAUGACAAGAGUGUGGAUGUAUUCUUAGUUGACCGAGGCAAUUCGGAAAAUGUGGACUGGUAUGACGUAAGGAUGCUGCUUCCUCAGUUUAGGCAGCUACCAAUAUUGGCUGUGAAGUGCACCCUGGCUGAUAUUUGGCCUUUGGGAAAAACUUGGAGCCAGGAGGCAGUUUCCUUUUUUAAAAAGACUGUGCUCCACAAAGAAUUAGUCAUCCAUAUUCUUGAUAAACAGGAUCAUCAAUAUGUUAUUGAGAUUCUUGACGAAUCAAGAACAGGGGAAGAAAACAUUAGUAAGGUAAUUGCCCAAGCUGGAUAUGCCAAGUAUCAGGAAUUUGAAACAAAGGAAAAUAUCCUGGUAAAUGCCCACUCCCCAGGGCAUGUUUCAAAUGACUUUACUACGGAGAGUAACAAAAUACCUUUUGCCAAGACUGGAGAAGGAGAGCAGAAAGCCAAGAGAGAGAAUAAAACCACAUCUGUUUCAAAAGCUUUGAGUGACACAACAGUUGUAACAAAUGGUUCAACUGAACUAGUUGUGCAGGAAAAAGUGAAAAGAGCAUCUGUUUAUUUUCCUCUUAUACAGAAUUGCUUGGAAAUUAAGCCAGGCUCCUCUAGUAAAGGAGAGCUGGAAGUUGGAAGUACAGUAGAAGUCAGAGUGUCUUAUGUUGAAAACCCUGGCUAUUUCUGGUGUCAGCUGACCAGGAACAUACAAGGACUUAAAACUCUAAUGUCUGAUAUUCAGUACUAUUGCAAAAAUACAGCUGCUCCUCACCAGAGAAACACCCUUGCUUGUUUGGCUAAGCGAACAGUAAACAGACAGUGGUCCAGAGCACUUAUUAGUGGGAUACAGUCUGUGGAGCAUGUCAAUGUAACAUUUGUAGAUUAUGGAGACAGAGAAAUGGUAUCUGUGAAGAAUAUUUAUUCAAUUAGUGAAGAAUUUCUGAAGGUUAAGGCACAGGCUUUUAGGUGCAGUCUUUAUAAUUUAAUUCAACCAAUUGGCCAGAAUCCCUUUGUUUGGGAUGUAAAGGCAAUACAAGCUUUCAAUGAAUUUAUAGAUAAUGCAUGGCAAAAAAAUCUAGAAUUAAAAUGUACAAUAUUUGCUCUGGCUUCAAUUAAUAAUGAAGAACCGUUUAACAUUGUGGAUUUGCUAACCCCCUUUCAGAGUGCAUGCCAUUUCUUGGUAGAAAAGAGACUUGCAAGACCAGUAAAACUUCAGAAGCCUUUGGAGUCCUCUGUUCAGCUACAUUCCUACUUCUAUUCUACACAUGAUAUGAAAAUUGGAAGUGAAGAAUUAGUUUAUAUAACGCAUAUUGAUGACCCUUGGACAUUUUAUUGCCAGCUGGCAAGAAAUGCAAAUAUUUUAGAACAGUUGUCAUGUAGUAUUACACAAUUAAGUAAAGUUUUGCUGAAUUUAAAGACAUCUCCCUUGAACCCUGGAACCUUGUGCCUUGCCAAGUAUACUGAUGGAAACUGGUAUAGGGGCAUAGUAAUAGAGAAAGAGCCAAAGAAAGUCUUCUUUGUUGAUUUUGGGAAUAUUUAUGUAGUAACAAGUGAUGAUCUGCUUCCAAUACCUAGUGAUGCAUAUGAUGUCUUACUUUUGCCCAUGCAAGCUGUCAGAUGUUCAUUAUCUGAUAUUCCUGAUCAUAUACCAGAAGAAGUGGUGGUGUGGUUUCAGGAGACUAUUUUAGAUAAGUCAUUGAAGGCUUUAGUUGUAGCAAAAGAUCCAGAUGGAACACUGAUUAUAGAACUAUAUGGUGACAAUAUUCAAAUUAGUGCUAGUAUUAAUAAGAAGUUGGGGCUACUUAGUUACAAAGAUAGAAUAAGAAAAAAAGAAAGUGAAGUCCUCCGUUCUACAACUGAAACUCUUGAAGAAAAAAAUGAGAAUAUGAAGUUGCCAUGUACAGAGUAUUUAAGUAAAUCAGUAGGGAACAAGUUACCUAAUAAAGAAAUUUUGGAAGAGUCAUAUAAACCUCAGAUCAACUCAUCAUACAAGGAACUCAAACUUUUACAAAGUUUAACAAAAACAAACUUAGUCACUCAAUAUCAAGACUCUGUGGGAAAUAAAAAUAGUCAAGUGUUUCCAUUAACAACAGAAAAGAAAGAAGAAAUUUCUGCUGAGACACCCUUGAAAACAGCAAGAGUAGAAGCUACUCUUUCAGAGAGAAAAAUAGGAGAUUCAUGUGACAAAGAUUUGCCUCUGAAAUUUUGUGAGUUCCCACAGAAGACUAUAAUGCCUGGAUUUAAAACAACUGUAUAUGUUUCUCAUAUAAAUGACCUUUCAGACUUUUAUGUUCAACUAAUAGAAGAUGAAGCUGAAAUUAGUCAUCUUUCAGAGAGAUUAAACAGUGUUAAAACAAGGCCCGAAUAUUAUGCAGGUCCACCUUUGCAAAGAGGAGAUAUGAUAUGUGCUGUUUUCCCAGAAGAUAAUUUAUGGUAUCGUGCUGUGAUCAAGGAGCAACAACCCAAUGACCUUCUCUCUGUGCAGUUUAUAGAUUAUGGCAAUGUUUCUGUGGUUCAUACUAACAAAAUAGGUAGGCUUGACCUUGUUAAUGCAAUAUUGCCAGGGUUGUGCAUUCAUUGCUCCUUGCAGGGAUUUGAGGUUCCUGACAAUAAAAAUUCUAAGAAAAUGAUGCAUUACUUUUCCCAACGGACCAGCGAGGCUGCAAUAAGAUGUGAAUUUGUUAAAUUUCAAGACAGAUGGGAAGUUAUUCUUGCUGAUGAACAUGGGAUCAUAGCAGAUGAUAUGAUUAGCAGGUAUGCUCUCAGUGAAAAAUCUCAAGUAGAACUUUCUACCCAAGUAAUUAAAAGUGCCAGUUCAAAGUCUGUUAACAAAUCAGACAUUGACACUUCAGUAUUUCUUAACUGGUAUAAUCCAGAAAAAAAAAUGAUAAGAGCUUAUGCCACUGUGAUAGAUGGACCUGAGUACUUUUGGUGUCAGUUUGCUGAUACGGAGAAACUUCAGUGUUUAGAAGUAGAAGUACAGACUGCUGGAGAACAGGUAGCAGACAGGAGAAAUUGUAUCCCAUGUCCUUAUAUUGGAGAUCCUUGUAUAGUAAGAUACAGAGAAGAUGGACAUUAUUAUAGGGCACUUAUCACUAAUAUUUAUGAAGAUUAUCUUGUAUCUGUCAGGCUUGUGGACUUUGGAAACAUUGAAGACUGUGUGGACCCAAAAGCACUCUGGGCCAUUCCUUCUGAACUUCUGUCGGUUCCCAUGCAAGCCUUUCCAUGUUGCCUCUCAGGGUUUAACAUUUCAGAAGGAUUAUGUUCUCAAGAGGGAAAUGACUAUUUCUAUGAAAUAAUAACAGAAGAUGUGUUGGAAAUAACAAUACUAGAAAUCAGAAGGGAUGUUUGUGAUAUCCCUUUAGCAAUUGUUGACUUGAAAAGCAAAGGUAAAAGUAUUAAUGAGAAAAUGGAGAAAUAUUCUAAGACUGGUAUUAUUAAAAGUGCUCUUCCCUAUGAAAAUAUUGACUCAGAGAUAAAGCAGACUCUUGGGUCCUACAAUCUUGAUGUAGGACUUAAGAAAUUAAGUAAUAAAGCUGUACAAAAUAAAAUAUACAUGGAACAACAGACAGAUGAGCUUGCUGAAAUAACUGAAAAAGAUGUAAACAUUAUUGGAACCAAACCAAGUAACUUCCGUGACCCUAAAACUGAUAACAUUUGUGAAGGCUUUGAAAACCCCUGCAAAGAUAAAAUUGAUACUGAGGAACUGGAAGGUGAAUUAGAGUGCCAUCUGGUUGACAAAGCAGAGUUUGAUGAUAAAUACCUGAUUACAGGAUUUAACACAUUACUACCACAUGCUAAUGAAACAAAGGAGAUACUAGAACUGAAUUCACUUGAGGUGCCACUUUCUCCUGAUGAUGAAUCAAAAGAAUUCUUAGAACUGGAAUCUAUUGAGUUACAGAAUUCUCUGGUGGUGGAUGAAGAAAAAGGGGAGCUAAGCCCGGUGCCACCGAAUGUGCCACUCUCCCAAGAGUGUGUCACAAAAGGCGCCAUGGAGCUAUUUACACUGCAGCUUCCUCUCAGCUGUGAAGCUGAGAAACAGCCAGAACUAGAACUACCUACAGCCCAGCUGCCUUUAGAUGACAAGAUGGAUCCUUUGUCUUUAGGAGUUAGUCAGAAAGCACAGGAAUCCAUGUGUACUGAGGACAUGAGAAAGUCAAGUUGUGUAGAAUCUUUUGAUGACCAGCGCAGGAUGUCAUUGCAUCUACAUGGAGCAGAUUGUGAUCCUAAAACACAGAAUGAAAUGAAUAUAUGUGAAGAAGAAUUUGUAGAGUAUAAAAACAGGGAUGCCAUUUCGGCAUUGAUGCCUUUGUUCUCUGAGGAAGAAAGCAGUGAUGGAAGCAAGCACAAUAAUGGUUUACCAGAUCAUAUCUCAGCUCAACUACAGAACACCUACACUCUGAAAGCCUUUACUGUUGGAUCUAAAUGUGUUGUGUGGUCAAGUCUAAGAAACACAUGGUCUAAAUGUGAGAUUUUAGAAACAGCUGAAGAAGGAACAAGGGUUUUGAACCUUUCAAAUGGUAUGGAGGAGAUAGUGAACCCUGAGAAUGUCUGGAAUGGCAUACCCAAAUUGGAUAAGAGUCCACCUGAGAAAAGGGGUUUGGAGGUGAUGGAGAUUUAACUGUGGAUCUAUAGCUGUGGCCAAUCAGUCAGAAGCUGCCCUUGAACAAGUGGCAUCUUAUGCAGACCAACAGAGUAUUUGAGAAAAUUGAAAACAUGUAACCACAAGAAGUUGUCAUUUUCAAAAACUUCUAUAUAGGUGGAAAACAAAUUAGGUCUCAGGUUGAUGGUGGAGUGUGUUUAUAGUGAUCCUGUUAUAUAUACAGAUCUGGGAUCUUUCGUCUUUAUUGUCUUACGUUUCUAAUUAGUUGGGAGGAUUUAUUUUGCUAAACAGUUUACUAACACAUUACAUUUCAAAAACUAUUUUGGUGCCUUUCAAAUACAGUGUUUAAAUUAAAAUAGAAAAAUAAGGGCUCAUGACAAGUACAUUAUUUGAUUCUACUUAGGAUAGCUUUUUAGCAGGAUCUCCUUCAGAAUUUUUGUCUUGACUUUGAAUCUUUGCCUGUUUGUCUAAACAUUUGACUAACAUUCUGUUUGAAUUUGGAAGUAUUCUAAUACAAGAUUUGAAUAAAGUUUAUCCUUAAAUAAAGUUUAUCCUUAAUA